UUGAAAUAGCUGUCAUUGUCAGCUGUUUGGUAUUUUCGUUUAUUCGUUUUGAAAUUUGAUUGUUUUUGUAACAUAUUUUUCUUUAUUUUAUAUAAAGUAAAACAAAUCUUAUCAUAAUACUCAUUAAAUUAGAUAAUUCUCAAUUUUAAAGACGCAAAAGUGAUUUUUGGUUUCCAAUCAAAAUGAUGUCAGCAAAUCUUCCCACCAGAACCCUAGGCGAUGGCAUGGAAAACAAUCCGAACAAAUUUCUGGAAAUAAUAAACAUCAACCAACUACAAAAACCAUCACUGGCAAUCCUAAAGUCCAUGGAACCAGUACGACCCACAUCGAAAAUAAUAAAUUUAGUGCCAAAAUAUGUACCUCAAGAAAAGAAGGUGACAAAUAUCAUACUAUCGAAGCCAAAAGAACCCAAAUUUGUACCCUACGAACCUUAUAAGGCAGCAGUGCAACCUAUAAAAUCCAAAAAAGUUAAAAGGCAACCUAUCAGCGUUGAUUUUAAAACCUCUAAAAAUAAUGUGGCAAUUCAGGAGUUGGUAAAACAAAUGUCUGAUAUAAGAACCACGGAAUUAAAUAAGUUGAAAAUGACUGCAAUGGGUGAAGAGGAAGUUAUACCUAAAAGGCAAUGGCAAAAAGAGAGGGAAGCUUACGAAGUGGAUAUUAAAAAUUUGAAAGAAACCAAAGCUCAUCUGGAAAAUCAGUUGAAAUUUCAAGCUCAGGUUAAUAGUGAAUUAAAAACUUUAUUAGUUGCUGCAGUAGGUGAAGAUUUGGAAGCCAGAGUACAGCAUCUUACUGAAGACAAACUGUCCUUGGCCAGAGCCUUACUGAAUUCAGCCAAUCACUUGACAUCACAUCAGGAACAGACUGAAUGGCUGAGCGGACAGUGCGAAGUUUGGAGAAGCAAAUUUUUAGCUUCAAGUUUGAUGGUAGAAGAACUAGCGAGAUGGAAAUCCGCCCUAACAAAACGCACUAGUGACCUGCAAGAACUACUAAAAAGAAUCCUGACUGAUCACGCUAAACUUCAAAAGCAAAUGCUGACAACCUUCAGCAAUUUAAACAUGGUUUACGAAAAAACUUCCAACAAACAAUUCAAUCUAAAAUCGGGUGAUAUUAUGGAACUAGGUACUGCCAAUUUGGAGUUAUCCGAAGAGGUUACUAAAAUUUUAGCUGUUAAUAAUAAUGAGAAGAACUUGCAAGAGAGAACAGAAAAUGCUUAUUCAGCCACAGAGAAAUUAGCUCUGAGGAUUCUAAAAAAUCCUGUGAGUCUUUCUUCAUCCCAAGACGUCCUUUGUAGUGCCUUAGUUGGUGUGGCUCACUCUUUAACUGGAGAUCAAAUGUUCACACAAAAUCCCUUGCUGCAUCCUUGUUGUUCUCAUUGUAAAGGCGAGCUACAGGAUAUUUGACAGGCUUCUUGAAUCAAGGACACACCAAGGCGGGUAGCUAUUAAAAUGCAUUUAUGGUUUAAUUAUUUUUUCUAUAGCAGAUUUUUUAAGCAAUAAUUGGUUAUAUGUAUGAAUAAAUUUAUUUGAAAAAUACACAUAAUAGGUAUUUUUUUUUUUGGUAUUAUGAAUAAGACCCCAAGAUUUACAUGAAAAAUUUCUUUAUUAGCUGUAUCAAAAUGUUCAUCAUGAUAACAUAAAAAUAUAGAUAUAAUAUCGUUAUAUUAAAAAUGUCUGUAUUUCAUAUUGACUAAAGCUCAUUUUUUUAGUAGAUGAUACACCUGUUCAGUCUACAAAAAACUAAGCUGUACAUUACAGUUUAUAUAGUUACCUUAUUCAAUAUAAUUUUGCUAAACAUAUUCCUCUUAGAUAUUAUGAGAGAAAAUUAAUCUGAAAUACAAAGACACAUUUUUUUAUGCUGCGUCAUUUUCAUAAAAUCACCUCUUAUAUUAUAUCCUAUUCACAAUUCGUAGUCCAAAGGUGAAGGUAAAUUUAUCACCUUUCCCUAUAAAAUAGCACUAAAGGUGAUACAUUUUACCUUUACCUUUGGACAUCGGAUUGUGAAUAGAUAAUAGAAGUCGAUAUUUUUGUAAAAGGGAGCCUGAAAAAACUGGAUAUUUGAAAACUACAUAAAGAAAAUUGAAUUUUUAGCAUUUACAUGUGGAUGAGGCGACUUAGCUUUGAAAAUACAUCUCAGUGUCAUACUUUAAAGAGAGUGAAGACACAAUUAUUACAGUUUUGUGAUAUUUGACAUCUCUAUUCAUAUUGUUUAAAACCUUUAGAAUGUUUGAAUUGCAUAGCAAAUUUUUAUUGAAUAGGGUACAAUGUUAUAAUGAUAAUAUCAAGAAUUAUAUCACAAUUACUGAUUAUAAAAUGUACAUUUACAUGUAUUUACAAUGGAAAAUAAAGUGUUAAAAUCUAUAAAAUUGUAAUAUUAAAAUUGCCUGAAGCUGAGUGGACAAAACUUUUAAGGGCGGGUAUUAUAAAACUACUUUGAGAGUUAACUUAAAGUUAACUUCUGAAAUUACAUGUUAUUCAAAAAGUUAACUUCAAGUUAACUGUCAAAGCAGUUUCAUAAUACCCGCCCUAAGUGUUAUUAAGCCGAUGUAAUGCACACAAAGUAUUGAUUGAUUUUCAUCGGAAAGCUUCAGUUUCUUAUUGCAAAUAAAAUUAUUUUGCUCAAUUAUCCCGAUUGAACUUUGUACGUUAAUUAACAACAAGAUAAAUAUAGUUUGAAAAGCGUGAUUCUAGUGAUACGUUGCGUUAGAAAUAUUUUCACAAAAACAAGAUUCAAUUUUAUUUACACAGCAAUUUUAAGUUUUGUUACACUGGAAUCGACUUAAGGUACCGCUGAUGUGUUUUUUACUUGAAUUUAGGUGUUGUUGUGAUGCUACUUAAUUUCCUUAUAUUACAUAGACUAUAGACUACUCAGGAAAUGAUAAAACUGGACAAUUGAAAAUAUUCAUUUAUGGAAAAAUCGUGUUUUUGGAAAAAAAGGAGCGCAGAUUUUUCAUAAUGUUGGUCUAGUGGUACCAAUCAAAGAUUGAUAUGAGAUGAUAUAAGGAGUAAAUGAAAGUAGAUACUUGCCUCAGCUAAAUACAAUUUUGGAACCAAUACAACAAAUACAUAAAAUAAUUUUUCCUGAGUAGUCCACACCACUAUACAGCCAGUUCUAGCUCAAAAAAAUUUCAACCCAAAAUUCGUAGUUUAUUUUGUGAUGUCUUGGUGAUGGGUCCUAGUGAUGGAGGAUGUCCUAGAGAUCGCCAGCCCAGAUAACAGCCCUUUUCGAUCGGUCCACGCUGGCCAGGUAGCUGCCGUAAGGGUGCCACGCCGUUGCAGUCACAGCCGACCUG